AAAAACAAAAAAAAAAGCCUACUGCCCUACAACAGCUUUACGUGCACACACACAAAAAUAAGUCAGAUUCGUUUUCCUUUCCGGAAAAAUUAAGAGUACGAAAGAAGAUGAAGAAACAACUAAUGAUCGUUGUUAUGUUAGUUACCUUUUUCGUUGUUUUCUUGGACGUCAAUCAAGUUGAAGCCAUGAGGCCGUUCCCAACAGCUGUAGAUGAGAUCCGGUUUGUGUUCCAAGCGUUGCAAAGGGGUCCAGUAAGCGUGUCAGGUCGAAAUGGUUGCACCAACAUUCCCCGUGGUACACGUAGGUGCCAUGGUUGAAUCGAGUACCGGUCACUUGAUUCUCUUCUUCUCGAAUAUACAACCAGAGAUUCUUUGAU